AUGCGUCGGUCUCAAACUCUUCUGUCUUGGUCGCUUCUGCUGGCAUCCCUCGGGGGAGUGCAGGCGAAGCUUGACUUGAAAUCUACAAAGAACAUUGUUGUUUACUGGGGACAAAACUCUUUCAGAGGCAAGGGUGACCAGGCACAACAGCCCUUGUCGUAUUACUGUGACAAUGCUGACAUUGAUGUCAUUCCAAUGGCCUUUAAUAUGAUGGUCAAUGGCCCUGGAGGUGCACCCGAGAUUGACUUCGCGGUGAGCAGCGAAGAUUGCCAGGUGUUUGAGGGAACGCAGCUGAAGAACUGCCCCAAGAUUGGCAAGGACAUCGCGACCUGCCAACAAAAGGGCAAGACAAUUCUUCUCUCCAUUGGUGGCGCCACAUACAGCGAAGGCGGCUUCAAGUCUGAGACCGAUGCUAAAGACGGCGCCAAGUUGAUGUGGGAGACCUUUGGUCCCAAGCAAGAAGGCUCCAAUGCUCUUCGUCCCUUCGGCGACACUGCCUUGAACGGAUUUGAUUUCGACUUCGAGGCCAAUGUCCAGCACAUGGCUACUUUCGCCAACGAGCUCCGGUCCCUGAUUGAGGCCGACAAGAGUGGUCAGGACUUCUUCCUGACUGCUGCACCCCAAUGCCCUUACCCCGACCAGGCUGACAAGGACAUCCUCAACGGUCCUGUAUAUAUUGACGCCAUCUGGGUCCAGUUCUACAACAACUACUGCGGUGUCAACGCUUAUAGCCCCCAGAGCUCCGCCAACAAGUACAACUUCGAGGAGUGGGACAACUGGGCUCACACAGUCUCGAAGAACAAGGACGUCAAGGUCAUUGUCGGAGUACCAGCAGGCACCACCGCGGCCAGCACUGGAUACAUUCCAGCCUCGGAGCUGGCCAAGGUGGUCGAGUACUCGAAGAAGUUCGACAGUUUUGGAGGAGUUAUGAUGUGGGAUGCCACGCAGGCGUACGGCAACGGAGCCUUCAUUAAGGAUGUGCGAAAGGCCCUGGGAGGCGCUGAUGAUACCGGUUCGUCGUCGUCCAGUUCGGCGUCGACCUCGGCGCCUUCUACUUCGUCCACUGACUCAUCGAAUACCUCGUCAUCAUCUACCAAUGCACCCGGUUCCUCACCCUCAUCUUCCUCCUCCUCUGCUGCUUCCUCAUCGUCCAGUGGUCCUGAACCGACCUCCACUGAGAGCAAGCCUCCAGCCGCAGUUACCACCACCACCUCCGAGGCCACGCCGACCCCGACCGCGCCCCCAGAGACGGCCGCGACCCCAGAGACGACCGCACCCCCUGCAGAUGUCCCUACUUCUGCCGAGGCACCCCCUACUUCUACCGAGACAACCCCAGCUCCCUCACCCACCAGCACCGGUGACACUGAUGACACCGAUGGGUUGAUUUCCAGCAUCCUUAGCACUGAUCUCUUGGGCUUGCUGGGUGGUCUCCGCACAGCCAACGCUGCGACUCAUCGCGUUACUCACAAUCUCGCCGAUCACCUGGGACCUAAGGCCGUGGGACAUAUGGGACCUAAACAAAUGGGACCUGCGACUCAGCGCGUCGCCCACAGUUUCGUCGACAACCUAGGACCUAAGGCUGAGGGACCUAAGCAACUAGACGCUGCGACUCAUCGCGUUGCCCACAGUGUCGCCGACAACCUAGGACCUAAGGCCGAGGGACCUGAGCAACUAGACGCUGCGACUCAUCGCGCUACCCACAGUUUCGCCGACAACCUAGGACCCAAGGCCGAGGGACCUAAGCAAAUAGACGCUGCGACUCAUCGCGUUGCCCACAGUGUCGCCGAUCACCUGGGACCCAAGGCCGAGGGAAAUAUGGGUCCUAAGCAAAUAGGACCUAAAAGGAUGGAACUUCAGAAGAUGGGCCCUAAUCAUAAUCUACGACGUGCUCUGCGUAACCGCGCUUAG